CGAGCACCUCCUCCUCUUUUUUUUAGCUCUUCCUCACUCUGUUUUAUCAGCAUUCAUACUUGCAGCAAAAAUGGCCACGGCUGGGAAGGUCAUCAGGUGUAAGGCAGCGGUGGCCUGGGAGCCCGGUAAGCCUUUGGUGAUUGAGGAGAUUGAAGUCGAGCCGCCUCAGGCCGGCGAGGUCCGCAUCAAGAUUGUGGCGACCUCGGUGUGCCACACUGACCUCUACCACCUUUUUGAAAGUCAGCGUAAAGAAGGUUUCCCGGCAGUGCUUGGCCACGAAGCAGCCGGCAUCGUGGAGAGCGUCGGACCCGGAGUCACUGAGUUCGUACCAGGAGACAAAGUGAUUCCUUUGUCCGCCUCGCAGUGCAGAGAAUGUCGGUUCUGCAAGAAUCCGAACAGCAACCAGUGUGACAGAGGAUGGGCGGCCGAUCGAUACUACAUUUUGACAGCAAGUGACUCCAGGUUUACUUGUAAGGGUCAGAAGAUUUUGCAGUUGAUGGGAACCAGCACCUUCUCCGAGUACACCGUGGUGAACCAGAUCUCUGUGGCAAAGAUCGAUCCUGCAGCCCCUCUGGACAAAGUCUGUCUCAUCGGCUGUGGAGUCUGUACAGGAUAUGGGGCGGCAGUAAAUACUGCACAGGUCAAGCCGGGCUCCACCUGUGCCGUUUUUGGCCUGGGCGCUGUGGGUCUGGCUGCUGUUAUGGGCUGCAAAGCUGCAGGAGCCAAGAGGAUUAUUGCUGUCGACACCACUGAUAAAUUCGACAAGGCCAGCGUGUGUGGCGCCACCGACUUUGUGAACCCUAAAGAUUACAGCAAACCCAUCAAAGAUGUGCUGGUUGAGAUGACUGAUGGAGGAGCAGACUACACCCUGGAAUGCUCCGGGAAUGUAGAUGUCAUGCGCAGCGCCUUUGAGUCAUGUGUGAAAGGCUGGGGGGUCUGCGUACAGGUUGGGUUCAUCAACAAGGACAUUUCAACCCAACCCAUUGAGCUCAUCUUUGGACGUACAUGGAAGGGAUCUCUGCUUGGAGGUUAUAAGACUAAAGACGGCAUGAACGGUUUGGUUAAACUCUACCUCAACAAGCAGCUGAAGCUGGAUGAGUUAAUCACUCACAACAUGACCUUGGAUCGCAUAAAUGACGCCACUGAACUCAUGAAACACUACACAUGUAUCCGGGUUGUCCUGAACAUGUCUCCACAAUAAUAUGAGGCAUUGAGAAGUUCUGACGCCAAAUGACAUCAGCAAAGCAGUUUACACACUGAAAUAAAUAGGCUACAUGCUAAACCACA